AUGGAGUCGGUUAAGGCGGCAAAGAUGGUCUACUUAGGCGUUUGGUUCGACCCGCGGACCGGCGGUCCGGGGGUGUGCAAGACGGCCGAGACAAGGUCCCAGGAGAGUUCGAAAUGCGACGAGAGUAGCCAGUCAACUGAUGAAGACUCAGAAAAAAGCGAACCAGAAGAGAACGGCUUUCAAGACGAUUUUGACCUUAUGAAAAUAUCGAGCGCCUCUCCAGAAGAACUGAACGCGAUUAUCGAUCGACUGGAGGUCCGCGAGCAGUGGAAACGAGUUCCGGCUGUAUUUAUGGCACGGUUGAAGUCCAUGCUCAAGGUGACGGAAUUGGAGUUGGCAGCGGCUGUUAGCCGCAACGGAAAGGAAGCUAUCAACGACUGGCUCCUCGGACUGGUGCUUUUGGAGGAGGAGAUCCGAGCGCACUUGCCAGAAGCGCAGUUGCCUGCAAUGCCAGCUAUACGGAUGCUACCGAGGCAUACAUUGAGAUUGAAGCAGUUCAACAGGAAGCGGUGGCUGAUAUUUCGAAAACCAUAA